AUUGCAGUACACUAACUCUGGUUUUUGCAUACACCGUUCAGAACUGCAUCAAGGUCAAAACCUAGAUCAUAAUAGAGUUUAAGAGAUUCUUAAAUACCAUCAUCAUCGCAUUCACAAAUCACAAGUGACAACAGUGUUUAAGGGACAGGGUCCGUGUGUGUGAGAGUUCAGUUCACGGUUCUGACACUGACACGCACAUAAAAACAGAUCCCUUGUUGCUUUUUUACUGUUUUGCCUUCAAUCAUUAUUUACAACAACAACAACCCAUUAAGCUUUUGAUCGGAAAGUUUAGAUUUUUAUCAUUUUUCCCCACCCCAUCAUCGAUCACACAAUGAUCUGCACGGUGAAACAACCCGGAAUAACAGGGAUCAGAGGCUCCGGGCUUGUUUUCCGUGAAAAGGGUUCAACCCGGGUUCAGUCACGGCGUCUUGUUUUGCCUUCCAUGAUCACAAGAGAGAAGAGAUCACAGAGAUCUCUUGUUUCGGUGCAAAAGCCACUGCACCUUUCUGCUGUUAUUGGUGGUGUUGGGAACCUUUCAGUGAGGCGUGAGAGGAGUGAGUUUGUGACUUGUGGUGCAUAUGAGGCUGAUAGAUCAGAGGUUGAAGGAGCAGGAGCUUCUUCUCCUAAGGUUCCAUCAGAGGCAGCUAAGAAGGUGAAGAUUGGGAUAUACUUUGCAACAUGGUGGGCUUUGAAUGUGGUGUUCAAUAUAUAUAACAAGAAGGUGUUGAAUGCUUACCCUUACCCUUGGCUCACUUCAACACUCUCACUUGCAUGUGGUUCUCUCAUGAUGUUGAUUUCAUGGGCCACAAGGAUUGCUGAGGCUCCUAAGACUGAUCUUGAGUUUUGGAAGACCUUGUUCCCUGUUGCUGUUGCACAUACAAUAGGACAUGUAGCAGCAACAGUUAGUAUGUCAAAGGUUGCAGUAUCAUUCACUCAUAUCAUCAAGAGUGGGGAACCUGCUUUCAGUGUACUGGUUUCCAGAUUUAUCUUGGGUGAAACCUUUCCGGUGCCGGUUUAUUUGUCUUUGAUUCCGAUCAUCGGUGGAUGUGCGCUUGCCGCUGUGACUGAGCUCAAUUUCAACAUGAUUGGUUUUAUGGGGGCUAUGAUAUCAAAUUUGGCAUUUGUUUUCCGUAACAUCUUUUCAAAGAAGGGAAUGAAGGGAAAUUCUGUCAGCGGAAUGAAUUACUACGCUUGUUUAUCUAUGUUGUCAUUGGUAAUUCUCACACCAUUUGCAAUUGCUGUGGAGGGGCCACAGAUGUGGGCAGCUGGAUGGCAAACCGCCCUCUCGCAGAUCGGACCUCAGUUUAUAUGGUGGUUGGCGGCUCAGAGCGUAUUUUAUCAUCUGUACAAUCAGGUGUCCUACAUGUCUCUAGAUGAGAUCUCUCCUUUGACAUUUAGCAUUGGAAACACCAUGAAGCGUAUAUCUGUUAUAGUUUCUUCAAUCAUUAUCUUCCAUACACCAGUUCAACCCGUCAAUGCACUCGGAGCUGCCAUCGCUAUCCUUGGAACCUUCUUGUAUUCACAGGCAAAGCAGUAGGGUGCAAACUGCAAAGAAGUUAAGAAUACUCCAAGGACUCUUUUUUUUCACCUCUAUCAAACUCAGCCAAUUAUGAGAAUGUUGGUUUUGAAUGGCUUGAUUUUGGUAAGACUGGAUGAUCCGGCUAUUUCUCUAUUUGUGUAUAUAGAUAUUAAUAAUGAUAUUAUUAUUUGUCUUUUUUUUUUUCAAUUUUAUUUUGGGGGGAAGAAGGGUGGUUUUUUCAGUUUCUGCAUCAUCAUCAUAAGUUGGAGGAAUCCAAGUUUAUAUUUCAUGUAGUUUGAGAAUAUUUUCUCAAACACACUGCUUUAUAAUAUGGAAUUUUUAAUAAUCUUAGUAUGAUGCUAUUGAUAUGAUUUGCAUAA